AUGCAGUUGUCCAAGAGCGAGAAACGACCGGACGAUAUGGCUGCGGUCGGCGCGUUGGAAGACACUUCAAAGGGUGAAGCGUCAAAUGGUGAAGUGUUUCAAGUCAACGUCGAUGGCGUCGAGUUCCGGACCGUCAGCUGGCAGCGAGCCACGGUUGUGUUUCUUAAGAUCAACUUUGCCAUGAGCAUUCUCGCUAUUCCUGCAGCCAUGGCUGCUCUCGGCUCUGUUGGAGGCUCCUUGGCCGUGGUUGGCUUUACAACUUUGAACACAUAUGCUGGCGUCAUUCUCGGUGAUUUCCGCAACAGACAUCCCGAAUGCCAUACUUUGGCCGAUAUGAUGGCGUUUAUCUGGGGCCGCAUUGGUCGAGAGCUCGUAGGAAUUCAGAUGAUCAUUACCCAGAUCUUGAUUUCCGCUGGCGGCAUUGUCACGGCGUCUGCUGGUUUCAACGCGUUGAGCAACCACGGGGCAUGUACGGUCUGGUUUGCCUUCGUGUCUGCCGUCAUCAUUACGGUCUGCUCAUCGAUCCGCACCUUUUCACGUCUCGGGUGGCUCACGUGGUUCGGCUUCGCCACCUUUGUCAUUGGCGUCUUCGUCUUUACGGUGGCGGUCUCGCAGCAGGAUCGUCCUGCAGCCGCCCCACAGACAGGCGACUUUGACCUGGGCUGGAAGCCUCUCGCUUAUCCGUCAUUCGUUGUCGGCAUGCUGAAUGCGGAAAACAUUUUUAUUAGCACUAGUGGCUCUUACAUGUUCCUCCCCGUCAUCUCGGAGAUGAGGCGCCCGCAGGACUUCCGCAAAGCCUGUAUCACGGGCGGCUUCAUCGUGGGCGCCAUGUACCUCUCCUUCAGCCUCGUUAUCUACCGCUACUGCGGCAUGUGGCUCUCGACUCCAGCCUUUGGCAGUGCCGGCCCCCUGUUCAAGAAGAUCUCGUACGGCAUAUCUAUGCCUGGGCUCCUCAUUGGCGUCGGCAUUUACCAGCACGUGGCGUCCAAGUACCUCUUUGUCCGUGUGCUGCGCGACUCUGCGCACCUCCAGAAGAACAGCUUCACACACUGGUCGACGUGGCUUGGCAUCAACCUUGUCCUGGGGUCCUUGGCUUUCAUCGUCGCCGAGGCGUUGCCGAUCCUCAACUACCUGCUCGGCCUGACUGCUGCUCUGUGCGCCGCGCCUUUCAGUCUCAUAUUCCCGAUGCUCCUCUGGAGGUACGAUUACAAGUCAGCCCGCACUGGCGCGAUCAAGGAGAAACUCCAGAAUGGCUUCAACAUCUUCGUCAUGACCCUGGGCUCCUUUAUGGUUGUUGGUGGAAUUUACGCGAUGGCCAUGGCGAUCAAGGCUGCCUUUGACAGUGGCGAGAUUGGAACCGUCUUUGAUUGCAGGGACAACUCUGGCUCGGUCUGA